AUGAUCAUGGACAUGCAGCUCGCCAUCCUUACCUAUAUGCUGGGCGUGUGGCUCUUCCUACCUGUCAUUCUUUACUACUACGUGACAGUCAACAAUCCCAAGAGGCAAGAAUGA